AUGGCCGCGCAACCAUCAACAUCCACGUCGGCGUCGACACCCACACCCUCGGCCACACCUGUCGGCGCGACAGCCUCUUCCUCAUCAGCAGCCGCCUCAGCCAACGGCAACGAUGACGCGUCUCAAGCUGAUGCCCAGGCCAAGCCCGCGCCUGCCGUUCUCGUGCGCGACAAGGAAUCCUUCCAGAAACUCAUGGUCGAACGCUAUGUGACGCGCGACUGGGAAAACCAGGCCGCCCAGGGCAUCGCCAUGCGGUACAACGCCGACAGCUUCCAGCGCUACAACGACAAAAUCGCUGAGUACAAGAUUAUACGCGAGUCCCACCGCCAGUAUUUUCCGCCCGCCCGGCUCUAUGGCGAGGGCUACGCCGGUUGGGGCAACGGCCACACAGAGAUCGACCCACGGGUCAAGACGGCGUUCCCAACCCAAAUUCUCUACCCAGCUUUCAAGCCGCGACUUGGAAAGAGGCGAUCGCCGCCGUUGACGUGGAAGAAAAAGGACAUCAAGAAGCAGGCGGAGCAGCACGAAGAGCUGGUGCCUGUGCGCAUCGACGUCGAUACGGACAAGCUGAAGCUGCGCGAUACUUUCACGUGGAACCUCCACGACCGGAUCGUGCACCUGGACACAUUUGCGCAGACGCUCAUCGAAGAUAUAGGUUUGGAGAUGGGCCCGGCGAAUAAGCACGUCCACGACGCCAUUGUGCACCAGAUGCACGACCAGCUGAUGGACUUUUACCCCUUUGCCUUUUCCGAAGAGGAUGCCCUCGAUCCCGAGCUCCCCUACUCAGCGUACAAGAACGACGAGAUGAGGAUACUGAUCAAGCUGAACAUCACGAUCGGUCAGCAUACCUUGGUCGACCAGUUCGAGUGGGAGAUCAACAACCCUCUGAACUCGCCUGAAGAGUUUGCCGCCACGAUGGCUCGCGAUCUGUCCCUCUCCGGCGAAUUCACGACCGCCAUCGCGCACUGCAUUCGAGAGCAAACCCAGCUCUUCACGCGCAGCCUUUACGGCGUCGGCCAUCCCUUUGAUGGGCGCCCUGUGGAAGAUCCCGACCUCAUCAACGCUUUCCUGCCAUCGCCACUACCCGCCGUCUUCCGACCACAGCAACAAGCAAAGGAGUACGCGCCAUACCUCUAUGAGCUGAACGACAUUGAUAUAGAACGCAACGAGCUUGUCUUCUCCAGAGAGCAGAGGCGACAGAAGAGGUCCAUCAACAGGCGAGGCGGACCUCAGCUCCCCGAUCUCAAGGACCGUCAACGAACAAUCCGCACGCUCAUCGUCUCGUCUGUGUUACCCGGCGCUGCUGCUAGCCUCGACGAGACAACGCUGUACAAGAGGGUCGCAGGAGCCCCCGGCACACGCAAGAGGCCAGGCGCCCGCGAUGGCGAUCUCUCCGAAUCCGACUCGAGCGACGACUCAGGACCCGACUCGCCCGCCAUCUCACAGCUUGGCGGCGGCACGGCGAGGACGAGGGGCCUACGCGGGGCCGCAACAGCCGCCCAGCAACGCAUGGCGAACCUGGGGCGCUCCGAGACCCCUGAGGCGAGCGUCAUCCACCAUCACGAGACGCGCAGGAAUGCCGGCCGCUACGGCCGUGAUCUGCGCGACGACACGGAGGAGCCAACGACCAUGAUCAUCACGCUCAAAAUCAACAAGGAUAAGCUCAGGAGAUUCCUGCAGAACCCGAAAGCACGAAUCACCCCAAGCGGGUCGCAAACGCCAGGAACGCCGAGCAUCAACAGGGCACCGAGCUCCAUGCCGCCACCUUCGACCCCGGCUUCCAACAACCAGAUGUUGCCCAAGGCUGGCACGCCGGCUGCUCCGCAAGCGCUGCUCGGCGGCGUGUCUGCACCGAACCCGGUCGAGGGGCAACCCCCUCCGCCACCGCCGCCCCCGCCCGAAUGGCUCUCCCGAGGCCUCCAGGAACUCCGCGAGACGUAUCCCCACGACCAGUUCGAAGGCAUCAUGCGCCACUCCUGCAUCAACCCUGAGACCGAAUUGCCCGUGGUCAUCCCCGCUGGCCAGCCGACACCUCCCGGGCACCGCUGGAUGUUCCUCCCGCGUAUCCGCUGCACGGACUGUCCUGGCAAGUCGUACACGCCGGGGCCGGACAUGACGACGGGCAACUUUGAGCGGCACCUGGGGGCUGGGCAACCAUCGCAAGAACGUGGAUAA